GUAGUGAUUCGCGCAGUUAUUUGUAUUACAACCAAAGUCUUUUACACUAGUGGAGUAUUACCCAUCAUUCAGUGCGCGGCUCUGGCGCUUCUAAGAGCAGUGUGUUGCUAAGUCUGGAAGCACUCAGAUCACAAAGAUGUAUCGUCCUAAACCGACCCUCAGAGACAGACAGCACUUGUAUAGGCUGAUCAUCAGCCAGCUGCUGUACGACGGUUACACCAACAUUGCCAACAGCCUCAUAAACGAAGUGAAGCCGCAGAGUGUGGUGUCACCAUCCGAGCAGCUUAUGCAGCUCGCCAAGAUCGGAUUGGAGAACGAUGACAGUGCAGUGCAGUAUGCUAUUGGACGCUCGGAUACUGUGGCUCCUGGUGUGGGAAUCGACCUAGAGUUCGAUGCUGACGUGCAGACCAUGUCUCCGGAGGCCUCGGAGUACGAGACAUGCUAUGUGACUUCACACAAAGGGCCGUGUCGUGUUGCCACAUACAGUCGGGAUGGACAGCUUAUAGCCACUGGCUCUGCAGACGCCUCUAUUAAAAUAUUGGACACAGAACGUAUGCUGGCCAAGAGUGCAAUGCCACUGGAGGUGAUGAUGAAUGAGACAGCACAGCAGAACAUGGAGAACCACCCAGUUAUCCGAACACUGUAUGACCAUGUAGAUGAGGUUACCUGCCUUGCUUUCCAUCCCACUGAGCAGAUCCUGGCCUCAGGAUCUCGUGAUUACACCCUCAAACUGUUUGACUACUCCAAACCCUCCGCAAAAAGAGCUUUCAAAUACAUUCAGGAAGCAGAAAUGCUGCGCUCAAUUUCCUUCCACCCAUCAGGAGAUUUCUUGCUGGUGGGCACACAGCAUCCGACGCUGCGUCUUUAUGAUGUCAAUACAUUCCAGUGUUUUGUGUCGUGCAACCCUCUGGAUCAGCACACUGACGCUAUCUGCAGCGUGAGCUACAACCCAGGAGCCAACACCUACGUCACAUGCAGCAAGGACGGCAGCAUCAAGCUGUGGGACGGCAUCUCCAACCGAUGUGUGUCUACAUUCGAGAAAGCGCAUGACGGGGCUGAGGUCUGCUCGGCCGUCUUCUCGAAAAACUCAAAGUACAUUCUCUCCAGCGGCAAGGACUCCGUAGCCAAGCUGUGGGAGAUCUCCACCGGGCGCACGCUAGUCAAGUACACAGGAGCAGGAUUGAGUGGACGUCAGACUCACCGCACACAGGGCGUUUUUAACCACACAGAGGACUACGUGCUGUUGCCAGAUGAGCGGACGGUCAGCCUGUGCUGUUGGGACUCGCGCACAGCCGAGCGGAAGAACCUGCUUUCACUUGGCCAUAACAAUAUUGUGCGCUGCAUAGUGCACUCUCCCACUAACCCGGGCUUCAUGACGUGCAGUGACGACUUCCGUGCCCGCUUCUGGUACCGCCGGACCACUACAGACUGAGCAGCUAUUAGGCUGCCACAUAUGUUUCAGUUUUUUGUGUAGGAAGGUAUCAGGACUGUAGUCGUCGUGUUUAAACUUCACCUCUAGAGUGCACCAUUGGACUCUGGGGAUCUUGCGGAGGAACUCUAAGCCGUCAGCAUUCUGAGCUUUAAUGAUGCUGUUUCCUGUGUGGUUUGACACAGUUCUUAGUAAGGGACAAGGGAGAGACAAGAAAUUUGUUCACUUUCUCAGUUCAUGUAUAAUACAAUUUUUUUUAUUUUUUUUUUUUAUAAAAGAAAUAAAUAGUGUCUGUUGUGAAUUUAAUGUUUGGUAAAAGUAAUCAGGUUAUGAAAAGAAUUGUAUUCUACCAUUGUUUCUUUUUUUCUUGAGAUUGAGAAAAUGAGAUUGAGGUAACCAAGGAGGAUGAAAAAUGGAACCAAUGCACCUCAGAGUUACGCUACAAAACAACAGAGAAAUGCUUUUAGUCAGCAUUAUCAUUUUUACUUGAUGUGCUUGUAUAAAGUCCCUCACUGAACCGUGACUGGUUUACACUGUUUUUAAGAUUUAAAUCUUCCUAUUCCCAGUCAACAUGUUCCAUGUUUUGGAAUUUUAAUCUUCAGCAGCAUCCCUUUUAAAUCGAAUAAAGAAAUAUUUGCUUGGUUA